AUGGAACAGACAACACCAGCUCGCGAUCUUGAGUCUAGUCCGCCGCAAGGGAGCCACAACCUGUGUAUAUCUGAUAUUUUCCCCAAAUCCCCCAGGGCAGCGAACAAUCGGUCAUUAUCUACCCAAAAAACCAUUGUCGAGUCUCAAAGAGCAGCUUCCACGCCUCCGGAAAUGACAAAUGAGAACUACGUGCGGACUUCCAGCACGAUAUUAGCUAGAGAUCUGCCCAUGGCGUCAGAACUAGCAAGUCCCUGGGAUCACCAGCAGUUAUCCAAGAAGCGCAGCCAAUACUACGGUGGAUUUUUCGCGUACCGCGAGCCUCAUAAUACAGCGAAAGACCGAGUAAUCCGUGAUUCUGUCAUCAUCGCUGAGAUCAAACUGAAUUGCAAGCUUCAGGUAGAGCAGACAUUUCUGUCCGAUAUAUCGUUUCAGCUAUCCGAGAUUUACCAGCGGCCAGAGUCUUGCAUACUCGUGUCAGUCUGCACCUCUCAGGCAAUGCUGUUCGGUGGAAGCUCGGAGCCGGCCUAUUACCUGACGAUUACAGCCCUGGCUUCGGAAAUUGCCCCCACCAAAAACAAACGCAGCACUGCCUUAGUUCAAGGCUUCAUGCAAGAAACGCUAGACAUAGCGCCCAGACGUGGUAUCAUCUGUUUUGAUUCUGUGUUGGAAGAAAACCUUGCUACCAACGGUAUGACUGCUCUGCAAGAGAUUGAGGAGCUGGAGCGGCAUUCAAGUGAGGACAGCAGAGCUCUCAGAAGUAUUAGCAGAAACAGAAGCAGGAAGGGCAAGAGAGGGUAUGCGCCUGCUUUCAUGGAGCGGGUAAAGACACCUAUGCCACACAUCAUUACGCACGAGAAGUUCAGCUCAAGAGAGAACGAUGACGGCAAACCUUCAGCGGUCGAUAGCUCCGAAAAGAAGCGGCUGAAGCGUCGGAAGAGCUUCAUGGCCUUCUUCGGGAGAUGA